CGUGUGUGCGGGGCCCAAGAUGGCGGCGGGGAUGUACCUGGAGCACUACCUGGAUACCUGCUCUGAUCUUUUGACAUCCUGCUUGAACUUCUGACUCUGAAAAUGCAUACGGUCUUUUAGUAACUAGUCUUCAUGGUACUACCUAAAGAAGUCAGGUUAUUGCUCUUCUAUUGGCUAUGCCCUUUUCCCUCUUCACCAUUGCGUUUCAGCUGGGAGCUCAUAUUCAGGUAACUAUCUACUAUGAUAUUGAUAUGAUACAGUCUUCCUGUUUCUUAGAAAUAUGAUCCAGCAUCCGUUAUCCAUCACUUAUAUUGUUUGUUCCUAAAUGUAUUACUGUCUGUAAGACUUGAUGGAAAGUAUCUGUUUGCAGUCGGGCUGUCUCUUGCUGUCUCAGUGGUCUGUUCCUUCCAUGCCCAUUCUUCCAGUCUGCAUCUCACUUCCUAAUGACUAACUUUUGGUGGAUCAAGAAUUGCUUUUGUGUGAUUUGCAUGAGUGGUGCAGCCACUGCUGAUAGUUCUCUAUAAUGCAUUCUAAAGCCUUAUGUAGCCGUUUAAAGUACUUUUAAUAUAUCUUAUGUUUGUUUUUCUCUUAUUCUAGCUUGUUGUGCAAGAUACUUUCUUGCAUAUGUACUACUUCUCAUAUUAAGACAUCAAACUACAUCAAGUUUUUAAUGCAAGUUUUGUAAUAACUACAAAAAAUUGUUUUCACUAAUGAAACGUACAUUCUUACCAAAAAAGGUCCAGUCAGGCAAGAUUAACACUUAAUCUAUAUUUUCACCCUUGACUAAUUCUUUGAGAUGGUGUCAAGUCAGCUAUUCCAUUUCUUUUUAUGCCUGCCUGACAGCAUUCAGUUUCCCCGUUGCUCCUUCCAAACCCUCUCCCCGCUCCUUUUUUUUCUCCAGUAGUCCAGUAAUUUAAAAACAUUCAGUUCAGUUUUAAAGUAGUUCACUGAUGUUCAAAAAACUUCCUGAAAAUUGAUACAAUUGACUUUUGGUCAACUCUUCUCAAAAUGUCUAAUAUUUACAUUUACUUAUUGAAAUUGAAUUUUUUUAGUAUUAUAGUGCUGAUGCAGACAGAGUUUUCAGUUGAGUUUUUUUUUCCUCCCACAGAGAUUCUCUUUCAUAUGGUUUACUGGCUGGAUCUGCUCAGGGAGUGAAUGAGGAAUGUGUGAUGAAAGAGGGCAUUUGUUUGUAGGACCUCUUCAUAUCCUUGAAGAAAGGAAGGUGUAUAAUGAAUUAAGUGAAGAUUGUAGGAAGAAAAAAAGUGGCCUCAUGUUUGAGGCAGUUGAAUACCACUCUGACAAAGCCACCAGUCAGGACCUGUUCCAGGAGCAGACACUAGGACAUAUCUGCCUCAUUGAAGAGGAUGAUGGAGACAGCAGACUUAGAUGAGGAGUCCUCAGCUGGUAUUGAGAACCUGCCGUUUGAACUGCAGAGAAACUUCCAGCUCAUGCGAGAUCUGGAUCAGAGGACGGAAGACCUCAAGUCAGAGAUCGAUAAGUUGGCCACGGAGUAUAUCAGCAAUGCACGGACUUUGUCUUCAGAGGAAAAACUGGGGCUUCUCAAGCAAAUCCAGGAGGCCUAUGGGAAAUGCAAGGAGUUUGGGGACGACAAGGUUCAGCUGGCUAUGCAGACCUACGAGAUGGUUGAUAAGCACAUCCGGCGGCUGGACACAGACCUCGCUCGCUUUGAAGCAGACCUGAAGGAGAAGCAGAUAGAGUCGAGUGACUAUGACAGUUCCUCCAGCAAGGGCAAGAAGAAGGGCCGAGCCCAAAAAGAGAAGAAAGCUGCCCGUGCUCGCUCUAAAGGGAAGAACUCUGAUGAGGAAGCGCCAAAAACUGCCCAAAAGAAACUGAAGCUUGUCCGCACUAGCACAGAGUAUGGGAUGCCUUCCGUCACCUUUGGAAAUGUGCACCCUUCGGAUGUAUUGGAUAUGCCCGUGGACCCCAAUGAGCCUACUUACUGCCUCUGCCACCAGGUCUCCUAUGGGGAGAUGAUUGGCUGCGACAACCCAGAUUGUUCCAUUGAAUGGUUUCAUUUUGCCUGUGUGGGUCUGACGACAAAACCGAGAGGAAAAUGGUUCUGCCCUCGCUGUUCCCAGGAGAGGAAGAAGAAGUAAAGUCCCGUGAGCCCUCAGUACUGCUGCAGGAGCAUUCUUCCCCCUGCCAGGGCCUCGUCGCAGCUCCCCCAGCCCCUGGGGCCUUGGCUGGGGGGAGCCUUGCCCUGUUUGUGGUUUGGGCCAUCCCUGGAAUGGUGUGUACCCUCACAGCGGUUCCUGUGUGUUCUGUAUCCCUGGUUGCUUCCGAAUCCCUAAGGGAGGCCCUCUCUGUGUGCUGUUCCAAACAGGUCUCUGAACCUCAAAGGGAAUGAAUGAGGGCACCGGGGUGGCCACCAGGUUCCCAGGGAUUCAGGUAGCCCCUGAUUUGCCUUGGCUUUCCUUCAGCCUCCUCAGAGUUCAUUGCCUACUCUCUGCUUAGAGAGCAAGGCUAUGGGAUGGGGGAAGGAAAGGAGGUAAGUCUUCAGCAUUUUAGGUCUUCGAUUUUCCUGGAUCUUUUUCAGGAGAAGAGGGAGUAACCCGGCCAGUUCUUAAUCUAGUGGGCUGGUAGAGAGACUGAAAACCUAAUGUACUCCCUGUCUUUUAACCAUUCCACUGCUGGUGCUGAGCAGCCUGUUUUGUUGGGGAGAGGAGGAGGGAGUAUUUAGAGCUAGCUUUGUCUCUCUUAUUCCUGGGGUAAACCUGCCGGUCGGGGAAGUACGCUGUGUGAAGGAGGAAGAAUUUCUGACCACAUGGGGAGAAAUGGCUGGAUCUAGCCUGUCCUCUGGCUCCAAAAUUCUGCCUGCCUUUUGUGUGAUGGUGCUUCUCCAUUAUGUUGAUGAUGGGAAGUUUGGGGAUUCAGAUCCCACUUGUAUAAUAUGGAAGUAAAUAAAGUUCAUUGAAACAGA